AUGGAAAAUUCUACUGUCAUUAGUAAUCAACAAAAACAAAGUCCAAUAGAAACACUUCCAAACGAAAUAAUCUACAACAUCUUUAAUUUCCUAACUACAUUUGAUGUUGUUCGAGGUUUUACACUACUUAAUCAUCGUUUUGAUACAUUAGUACAAUUUCAUGUUAAAGAAAUCGAUCUUACGGAUAGUUGGCAAGGAAACCAACAAUAUUUGCACCGAAUCUGUGAGACAAUUCAAACAUUAAAAAUCGAUCGGUAUCAUACUUAUUUAUUGACGUCUUCGUCUGAUCGAACAAAUUUUACAGCUGGUCAACGUAAUGAUAAACAUUUAUUACAAUCUAUGAUCCGAAAAAUCACAACUACAAUACAAUGUCGUUUGUUUCGUUCAGUUUCAGCAAGUAUUUAUCGAUUUCCCGCACUUCAAUCACUUCAUCUUGUUAAUAUAUCGAACUGGAACAACAUUAUAUCUGAUAUGAAUUUAGCAAAUUUGAAUCUUUGGUUCGAUGAUGAUAUACAUUAUUUUAAUGAUGAAAUAAAGAUCCCUACAACAAUCAUUCGAUUUACUGCAAAUGCUGUGCUGGAUGCUCAUUGUUUUCAUUUGAAUUUAAUUGAUUUGAAUGUAUAUAUCUGUUCAUUUUCACAUCUAAUCGAAAUUGUUUAA